AAAAAUAGUUACGCAAAACGGAGCGUGCCCGCUCCGACCGGUUUUAAAGGGUUAAGGGAACAGUAGAAGAAGAAUCUCUAAAACUAACGUUGCAAACAGCACUUUUCUCCCACAGCACCUAAACGCAGCACCAGCAGCGUUUGGCUACCCGGCUGCAGCCAGGCUGCCAGUCUGCGUCUGCUGCUGCUGCUGCACAUCAAAGCCUGAUGAGACACCGAGGAGACGCUGUCAGCCUCCUCCAGCCUGCUUCACGUCGAGGCCGCACGGACUGCUCGGAUGCUGGGUGCUUCAUAUCUGUGGACGCUUCAAGAAGAAAAAGGAGAAGGAGCAGGUGCACCGAAGUCCCCGCCGCCGAGGUUUCCUCUCUCUGAGUGAUUUUGGGGGAGCUGUUGUUCGUUGUCACUUCCGGGCGAGCAGUCGGUACCACCGGCAGCUCACAUCGCCGGCGGAGGAGGAGAAGAAGAGGAAGUUCGGCAGCAUCGAUGCUUCGCGCGGGGAGGAUGGAGGAGUUUGUCACGGAGGAAGAGGAGCCGUGGUACGACCAGCGGGACCUGGAGCAAGACCUGCAUUUGGCAGCGGAGCUCGGCAAGACCCUCCUGGAACGCAACAAAGAGCUGGAGGACUCCCUGCAGCAGAUGUACAUCAACAACGAGGAGCAAGUGCAAGAGAUCGAGUACCUGUCCAAGCAGCUGGAAAUGUUGCGGGAGAUGAACGAGCAGCACGCAAAGGUGUACGAACAGCUGGAUGUGACGGCCAGAGAGCUGGAAAUCACCAAUGAGAAGCUGGUGCUGGAGAGCAAGGCGUCGCAGCAGAAAAUAGACAGGUUAACCAGCACCAUGGAGACCCUACAGAGCCAGGUGGACAGUCUCACAGCUCGGGUUGAGGAGCUGCGAACUUUGGAGGAGCUGAGAGUCCGCAGGGAGAAGAAGGAGCGUCGUAAGACCAUCCACUCUUUCCCCUGCCUCAAAGAGCUCUGCACCGCUCCAAGGUAUGAGGAUGGUUUCCUGCUGGCCAAUCCAGGUAGCGUGGACCUGGCCGAGCGACAGCCGCUGGAUGAGGAGAACGACCGCCUGAGAGACAUCGUCUCGUCGCUGCACUCGGCCAUGGCUGCAGAGCGGUCCAAGCGGGAGGGUGCAGAGAGGGAGUGUGCUGCUGUGCUGCAGGAGUUUGAGCGCCUGGAGCAGCGUCUCCUAGGAGCAGAAGGAUGCCAGCUGCGGGUUCAGGAGUUGGAAGCUGAGCUCCAGGAGAUGCAGCAGCUCAGGAAGUCCAGGGUGUGUCUGAUUGGUGACAUGGAAGACGGCCUAGAGAAUCUGCUCAAUAACGGCCCUGAGACUGACACUCCAGAGGAGAGCCCGGGGCAGGAGGACGGAGGCGAGGGAGGUGCUGGAGAGGCUGGGGGAGUGGGGCAGCAAGGAGGACCGGUGAGAAAAAGCUGCAGCGACACAGCCCUGAACGCCAUCUCAGCUCGUGACGCAACCGGUAGACGGCAGGGGAGCUACGCCUUCCACGCCAACGGCGUGCGCAAACGGGGCAUGUCCAUCCUGCGGGAGGUGGACGAGCAGUACCACGCGCUGCUGGAGAAGUACGAGGAGCUGCUGGGGAAGUGCAGGCGUCACGAGGAGAGCCUGUGCCACGCAGGGGUGCAGACCUCGCGCCCUGUUUCCAGGGAUCCCUCCAUGAAGGAGUACAACAUGGCCACCGCGGGGCCUUCCACCUCCGGAGAUGUCGUCGUCGCCGCCGCCCCUCCUACACCCCCUCAGACUCCCUCCACCCCUGAAGCCCUGGAGGGGAUCAGCAGGCAGGUGGAGCAGGUGGACAAACGGCUGAGCCAGAACACGCCAGAGUACAAGGCGCUGUUCAAGGAGAUCUUCUCCCGACUGCAGAAGACAAAGAGCGACAUGAACACGAGGAAGAGCAGAAAGACUAACAAGUGAGGCACAGAUGAGAUAUUACAAACAUCUCAGUUUACCUCACUGUUUAAAGGCUUCUCAUUUAACCGUCUGGCCACCCUUCACUGCUGUAUCCUGUUUCACAUGAAACUGCCAAAGGGAUGAAAUGCUUCUCUUGACUGUAACUGACAAACUAUCUGAAUGGAGGGUUUUGUCGUGACGUCGUUUGUAACUGAUGCAGAAGUGACUCCGUUUAUUUUGCAUUUAUGAUAAACACUGAAGCCAAAUAACAGGCCAACUUUCAGAGGCUUUAAAACUUGCAGCAUUUACAGCAUGCAUCUGGCUGAUAACACACAAAAAAGCUAAAUCUCUCUUUCAAGAAAAAGAGGAAUCGCAAGCUUUUGAAUGGCUCAAUGAGCUUAAAGAAGCUUUUUGAACUCACCGGAUGGCACAAAAUCGGUGUACCUCCUGAACAGGCGGCGAUGCUUCUGCAUCUUUUUCAGGGAUUUAUUUCAUCAUUUCCACACUGUGCUGCCACAUAAUCCAACUUGUUCCUGUAAUAGGCCGUUUUAAUGUUUCCUGUUGAUUAAAAUAACUACUGCAUCAA